AUGGCCAGCGACGGCCUCGGGGUCAUCGCCCUCAUCUCGGGCGGCAAAGACAGCUUCUACAGCUUGCUGCACUGCGUCCAGCAUGGCCAUCGCAUCGUCGCCCUGGCCAACCUGUGCCCUGCCGCGGAGGGCGCCUCGUCCGACGUGCAGACAGAUCUGAACAGCUUCAUGUACCAGACUGUUGGGCAUGAAAUCAUACCGCUCUACGCGGCCGCCACCGGACUGCCCCUCUACCGUCUAGCGAUCACGGGCAGUGCCGUACAUCACGAACGUGACUAUGCCUGCAACGUGGACGGCGACGCAUCCGAUGAGGCAGAGUCCAUGACGACGCUGCUACGAGCGGUCAUGGAGCACCAUCCUGAGGCCAAGGCCGUCUCUGCUGGUGCCAUUCUAUCGACAUAUCAGCGGACACGCGUCGAGUCGGUGGCCUUGCGGCUGGGCUUGACACCUUUGGCGUACCUCUGGCAGUAUCCCGUGCUCCCGCCCCCCGUCAAGCCGGCCGACGACGCCCAGCUCCUCAAGGACAUGGCGGAAGCGGGCCUGGACGCACGCAUCAUCAAGGUGGCCAGCGCGGGGCUGGGCGAGGAUCACCUCUGGGAACAGGUGUCCAGCGUGGGCGGGGCCGAGGGCAUCAAGGGAGCUUUGCGGAAGUUUGGCGCGGCGGGUGGUGCCGUCCUCGGGGAGGGCGGCGAGUUCGAGACGCUGGUGCUGAGCGGACCGUCCGCGCUGUUCAACAAGGCCAUUCAUGUGCCUGAGGAGAGUCGGAGCAUCGUGCGCGAGGGAGGUGGCUCGACAUGGCUGCUGCUCAAGGACGCCCGUGUGGUUGACAGAUCUGCCGCUGCAGAUGAAUCUCCACCCAGGCAACCGGAUCUCUUGGAUCUCAAAUUUGAGAAUAUCCUGAGCUCUCUGACGACCGGACACUCGGAUGCACAACACUCACCGCCGGUCGACGGCGGAAAGUCAUGGGACGCGCUGCAGAAGGCGUCGUUCAAGGUCACAGGGGUCAAUGAGCUACUGCAAUGGGCCGUCACCAAGAGCGCGGGCAAGAGUCCAGACAUGAGCAUCGAGGAGGAGACAGCGGACGUUGUCGAGCAGAUUGGCCAACUCCUGUCGCAGAACUCCCUGUCACCCGAGCACAUCUCCAACACGGUCAUCGUCCUCCGUCACAUGGCCGACUUUCCCAAGGUGAACGCACACUAUGGCAAGCUUUUCCGGCGACCGAAUCCGCCUUCGCGAGUCACAAUCUCCUGCGGCGAGCUUCUUCCCGCAGGCUGCAGUAUUGCCAUAUACCUCACAGUGGAUGCAAGGCCUGAGGAGGGCGCCUCGAGGCACGGUCUUCACGUGCAAUCGAGAUCGUACUGGGCGCCCGCGAACAUUGGACCGUAUAGCCAGGCGAUUGGCAUCUCGGCGGGAGGCAUCCCUCUUCUACGCACCUGGUCUGUCGCUGGCCAGAUUCCCUUGCUCCCUGCGUCGAUGGAGCUGCCGCCCUCGUCCCCCACAUCCCGACAGCUUCAAGUUGUCUUGUCACUACAGCAUCUCUGGCGCAUCGGCACCGAGCUCAAGAUACAAUACUGGACCAGCGCAGUGGCAUACUUUGCACGCUGUGGCACGGAUGGGGAUAUGGCCGACAAUGCCAGGAUGGCAGGUGACGCUUGGUGGCUCGCCCAUGGCUCACCUGACGGAGAGGAAGAUGCUGAGGACGGGCCUGACCCAUGGGACCUCAAGUACAAUCCGCAGUACAUGACCCUGGGGGACGGGUCAGCACAAGCAAAGCCCGUGCCCUUGCCCGACUGGGAGGCUCUUCCACUCCGGCAGCAAAACGAGCCUGCUGGCGCCGUGCCCCCGGUCUUCUCGGUGGAAGUAGAGGAGCUCCCUCGGCAGUCUUCUGUCGAGUGGCAUGCCCACAUUGGUCUUUCUGGCUUGGCGACAUCGAGUCUUGAGAUGCUCCACGUGGCCAGAGUCGGCGAAACCCCUUGGUCUGCGUGGCAUGCAGUGGUACGCAGUGCUGAGGGCGCCUUGUUGCACACGGUCCUGGCGCGUCAGUCCGUUGGCGACGGCUCUGGCGAUAUUGCAAACACCACCGAGGAUAUGAACGCGGCCUAUCGCGGCCUGUUGGGCGCUCUUGGGCUUUCUACGGACUCGACCUCCUCCAAAGUGCCCUACCUCGUGUACGCGAACGCAGAGGUUCCGACUUUGCCAGCAGCCAUGGCAGCACCGACAAUUCCCUGCCGGUCAAUUUGGUCAAGCACGGGGCACAGACUAGAGAUGGUUGGUUUGUACAGGGUGAAUCUCGGCGUAUGA